AAAAAUUUUAAUAUCUCUACCACGAUUGUACUAUUAUUCUGCCAAAACCAGAAUUGCUCUGGCAAUUACAAACAAAUACAUGCAUGCUAGCUUCAUCUCCACCCCCAAAUCUCAGUUGACACCGCGACAAUCAGAUCAGAGGUAGCCCUACGAUCUCGAUUACCACCAGAUCUCUUCAAUCUUCCUAGACACUGCUUUGAUCUCUGAUCUCUCGCGUUGGAAGAAACCCAACCCUAGGAUCGAUGGCGGGGGCGGCCUCGGCGCUCUUCCUUCUGGACAUCAAGGGCCGGGUUCUGGUGUGGCGCGACUACCGUGGCGAUGUCUCUUCCGUUCAGGCCGAGCGAUUCUUCACCAAGCUCAUCGAGAAAGAGGGUGAUGCGGGGUCUCAAGAUCCAGUUGGGUAUGAUGAUGGUGUCACCUACAUGUUUGUACAGCACAACAAUGUCUAUUUGAUGACUGCAUCAAGACAGAACUGUAAUGCUGCUAGUCUUCUUCUCUUUCUACACCGCGUAGUUGAUGUCUUUAAGCAUUAUUUUGAAGAGUUAGAAGAGGAAUCCCUUAGAGAUAAUUUUGUUGUAGUGUAUGAACUACUUGAUGAGAUGAUGGACUUUGGCUAUCCUCAGUACACUGAAGCAAAGAUUCUUAGUGAAUUUAUUAAGACCAAUGCCUAUAGGAUGGAAGUUGCACAGAGGCCACCUAUGGCUGUAACAAAUGCUGUGUCUUGGCGCAGUGAAGGCAUACAAUAUAAGAAGAAUGAAGUAUUCUUGGAUGUUGUGGAGAGUGUUAAUAUACUUGUCAACAGCAAUGGCCAAAUAAUUAGGUCAGAUGUUGUUGGUGCAUUAAAGAUGCGAACUUACUUAAGUGGUAUGCCUGAAUGUAAGCUUGGGCUAAAUGACAGAGUGUUGUUGGAAGCGCAAGGGAGAUCAACAAAGGGAAAAGCCAUUGAUUUGGAUGACAUCAAGUUUCAUCAGUGUGUGCGUUUGGCACGUUUUGAAAAUGAUCGGACAAUAUCUUUUAUACCUCCUGAUGGAUCUUUUGAUCUCAUGACAUAUAGACUCAGUACUCAGGUAAAGCCUCUGAUAUGGGUGGAAGCUCAAAUUGAAAGGCAUUCUAGAAGUCGUAUGGAGAUUGUGGUGAAAGCACGUAGCCAAUAUAAGGAGCGUAGCACUGCUACUAAUGUUGAGAUUGAGUUGCCUGUUCCAGCUGAUGCUACUAAUCCUAAUAUUCGGACAUCAAUGGGAUCUGCUUCAUAUGCACCGGAAAAUGAUGCUUUGCUCUGGAAAAUAAAAUCUUUUCCUGGUGGUAAGGAAUAUAUGCUUAGAGCAGAGCUUACUCUUCCCAGUAUAGUAGCUGAAGAAGCUGCUCCUGAGAGAAAAGCUCCUAUACGGGUGAAGUUUGAGAUACCAUAUUUUACAGUUUCCGGAAUACAGGUUCGUUACCUAAAGAUAAUUGAGAAAAGUGGAUACCAGGCUCUUCCAUGGGUGAGGUACAUUACAAUGGCGGGCGAGUAUGAAUUGAGACUUGUGUGAAAGCCACUUCCAUCUGUUGGUCUUCUCACUCCUAACAAAGUUGUUUCUGGGCUUGGAUGAUUCUUACUUUGUGGCCAAAAGGUGCAAAAUCUUUGUUCUCAGCCGUUUUUGUUUGUUAACAUCGUUGUUGUUAAUCAACGGGAUGUUUGCAAAAGUUAAUGUUCACUGGGGAAGUUCAUUUGCACACUUAUGAAAAUUAAGAUAAUUUUUUCCUUUUUUUUUUUCUCCUUUGAAUUGAAUUUUGCUUGUAAUAUUUUUAUUGUUGAUCUUGUUAACACCAUUGUUGUUUAUCAACCAGAGGCUUGUAAAAGUUGAUGUUCACUGGUUAAAUUAAGAUCA